CGCGAGACGUAUUACACUGACCCCUGUGCGCCACCAGUUUCCUUUAAUUUUGUUCCUCGCGGUCUCUUGUCAAUGUCAGUACGAUUAAAGGACGGGAAAUAUGAGUCCGUCGAAAUGGAAUCUUGUUUCAAUGGUCAUGUUGUCGCUGGUCUCCACGGGCACCGCAUACAGCUCUACGAACCACACGCGACAACAGAAACGUCACGUGCCAGCGGCCUCAGUGCACCAAUCAGCCAACGUUCCACCUUACUGGGAGUACAUUCUCCGUGAAUUCGUGUUCAAGACGAUCUCGCCGCCACCACCAGGCAACAAUGACCUGUACAAACGACUCUUGGACGCGCCUCUUUACGGCGGCCCAUUUCCGAUCGUCUCGAGCGACGCUGCCAGCGUCGUUCUGUCGCGCGGUGACGUUUAUUACCUCCCAAACGGGCACUGGCUCCUUUGCCAAGAGGGAUGCAACGACUGCGAGCCGUGCAUCGAGCACACGCAUCCCACCGUCAAGUGGAUCCUUCGAAGGAUCAAGAGGCUCCCGUCCCACGGUCCAGCGCGACACGAUCUUCAGUUGACGAUAGUCCCUCAGAUAGACGGCAGUUACCACAUGAGCAAUCUCUGGCCGCGAUCCUACGUCUACGUGAGCACUCAGGCCGACGAGAUCGCCUACUACAAAGACAAACACGGCUACAGCGCUGCCGGAAACGUUUACACGAAUCCCGAGAACAGUUUCUCAGUGAAGCAGCGAAAGUCCAAUAAUUCCUGGAGAUUCCUCGAGAGGGACUCGGGCGAACAACGCGUGCCCGAAGAACAGAGCAACGCAACCACUGCUCGACAACUUUUCGAGGGUGAUAGUGGACGGAGUGUUGGCGCAACAGUGCCAUUCGUAAAGGACACAACCGAGAAGACAACCGAGAAGAGUACCAAGGAGCAACAGCCUCGCGUAAAACCUGCUGACAAACUGAUCGCGAACGAUACUGUGACUACUGCUGCUCCUAUCGACAAUACGAGGAACAGGUUGAGACAGUUGAUACCCAAACUGAUCCUUGGAACUGAUCAACUGGGCCAAAAGCAUUUGGUGCACGUAGUGCCUGCUGAUGGAUCCAACAACGUCAACUCAACGAGUUUGGUUUCAUCAAAUCCUUCAAAUUACGCUGGGAUGGGCCAGUAUCAUAACAGGACUGCUUAUCAGCGAAUGAUGCGUAGGGUCUUCGAUUCUUUGAGCAGCAACAAGCGAUCCAUCGAGAGCUUUCUUGAACCGUUGAUGCGUACAGGAAACGUGAAUCAACAAUUCGAGGAACAUGAACAGCAGGAGACUAGGAACGCGCUCGCAGGAUUGGGACAACUAAAUCGUUCCCAUCAAGUUUACAACGAUCGAAUUCGUAAUGGAACGUCGACGCAGAUGCGCUUGCCUCAUAAUGAUAGAUUCAUAAGUAAUGCCAUCAGUCUUAAUCGUAACGCUGACGAUAGUAACGAUUUAUAUUUUAAGACACAAAACGGAUUCGACACGACAUUCGAUCAGAAUAGCCACGGAAAUGGUAACGUUUCUGGUACUUUCAAUUCUGAAUCUGCCAAUAGUGAUUUUUAUAGCGAGAAUGCUUUUAAUAGUAGCAUGAAACACGGUGGUGGUUUGCGUACCGGUCGUGAACAUAAACUUGGACCUCGUAAGUUUAAAAUAGUUGUUACCACCGAAUCGACGACGAAAUCAAUGAAUAAGUCAGACGCAUUUUCGAAUCAUAGUCGAAGUACUCUGGAAGGGAAUAGUUAAAUCCUGACAUUAUACCGAAUAACGGUUAGGAUUCUCUGUAUCUUGGUGGAUGAAGUGCAGCUUGAUAAUUCUAUAGUAUUUUGUACGAUAUUGUAGAAAGUUUCUAUUCUCAAUGAUUAAUAAAAGUCACGGGUAACUUAAAGUUUUUAAUGGAACGAGAGCCGGCGUAUGUAGUUCUCUAGGAAACUGGAACAAGAUCGCAGUGCUUAAUUCUAACCUUAUUUUCUCACUAAGCAAAGUCAGUAAUUGUAACUUCGGGCGCUGAAACUUGCGUGUACGUGAACGCAAUAUAGCGAAUUCAAGGAAUUCGUGAAACUUUACCUUAACGCAAUAUCCCAAAACUUUUUCGUUGUACACUUAAAUGAUAAAAUGUGUGUUGCUUUCCUUGGCGACUAAUGAAGUAGCCAUUAAUAUUCAGUCGUAUUAAAUACGCUUGCUGCUGGAUUCUCUCAUUAUACAAUAGUUUAUUCAUUGAUACAUACAAUGGGGUAUCUAAAAUCAUAUAGAAGUAUUCAUAAGAUCCAUUAAAUUUGAUUUUGAUACAUUCACGACUGCUGGCGUGCAUUUACGUCACGUCAAAUUCUAUUACUGGUUACGAAAAGAUUACGAAAACCUUUUUAUCUUAUACACUAGAUAUCGGGCAUUGAUAUUGAUAUUUCAAAGUAUAUCUUGUCAUUUUUAUCUUCGCCUUAACGAUACAAAUUUCCGUUGUCCAGCUUCGGAAUUUUAUUUCUUUUCGUUAGUAGGGGCUC